AUGUGUAUCCAUCAUCGUCUCAUCUACCGCAAAUGCGGCCACUUCACCUGGCUAGGCAUAACCAAGAAGUGUCAGUCAGAACGCAACUUCGACCAAGGCAAGAUCGACGAAGGCUGCAAUGUCAUGUGGACGCAUCCGCUUUCAACAUACCGAGUCGACAGGUGUUGCGAGAGUUGCGCCCUUGAAAGAGCAACAACGAAUAGAGCUAUUGAUGAAAUUAGAGGGAGGAUCCAGUUGACUAGAGAGUUGUUGGCCAAGAUCCAGGACCUACGGGAGGCUUCUUCUGGGGUUCUGGAGCGUGGCUGGAGUGAUGGGGGGGUUGAGUCUGCUACCUCAAUGAACAGGGGAAGUAUCGUGAAGGUGGGAGUUGUCGACGACGACUGUGGGGGUAACGGUGAUGACGAGGAGGCAGAAACCAUGGAUCUUAUCGAUCCUAAUGAAGUGAUCAAGAAAAACGAACAGUUUGUUGGCGGCAUUAGCAUCGGCCUUCAACCUCUCAAAUCUCCAAAUCCAUCGAAAAAGCGAUCGGAAAGAAAACUAAAAGCCAAGAGCCCAACUCGCAGCUCCUUACAAAGUCAACAUGUCAUCGUCAAACAUCACGGUCCCUUACAUGCUAGUGAUCAAGAGGCACCGCGGCCACUCAGCCAUGAAGACGGGCUCAGCCAAUGUAGCGAAUCGCUCUUUUCGGAUGAGACAAAUCACGAACUGACCAUGAGCGACGUGACCUCCUAA